UGCUGCUUCCUGCCAGCGCGGAUAGGGGGAAAUAUAAACAGCAGCGCCUUGGGCACAGUUGGGAUGCUGCYGCCGGACGGGCUGUGCCGGGGAGCUGAGGCAGCGCUCGGGGCUGAGAGUUGAAGAUGGCAGAGCCUGAAAGCACGGUCAUAAACACCAAUGUCAAACAGAAAGACCCCAGCGAGGCACUGGUCAUUGCUGUGACCACCAGAGCCAUCUUCAACCUGGAGGAGGAACACAAGCUCUACCUGGAGAAGGGCAAGGAGGAGUACACAAGGCACCAGUUGGCCAACCAGGACAAGCCCCUGCCACCAGGCACAGCCUUUGCCUUCAUCCAGGCAGUGCAGUAUGUGAAUGAGAAGAUCCUGGAGAGCAACCCAGCAGAGAGGGAGCUGUUUGACAUCCUGGUGCUCUCCAACAACAGCCCAGAGAGCGGYGUGCGCAUCAUCAACAGCGCCAAGCACUACGGCUUGGAGAUCUCCAAGUUCUGCUUCGUCAGUGAUGAGGACUCCACACAGUACCUCAAGUCCCACGGCGUCAAGCUGUUCCUCUCAGCUGACAGGACUGAUGUCUGCAACGCCCUCCGGAGAGGGGUCUCGGCAGCGCUCGUCUUCCAGCAAGAGGUGCAGGCCCCCAGCACCCCCCUGCGUGUGGUGUUCGAUGGGGAUGCCGUGCUCUUCUCCGAUGAGACGGACCUGAUCUUCCAGGAGCAGGGGCUGGAGGGGGCACUGCAGUACGARCGGGAGAUGGAGGCUGUGCCCAUAGGAGAGGGUCCCCUGAAGGCUUUUGCCAUGCACCUUGGGAAGAUGAGAAAGAAGUUCAGCCAGGAGAAAUCCCCCAUCCGCACCUACCUGGUGACUGCCCGCAGUGGCCGGGACAUGGGCAUCCGAGCCAUCAAGACACUGCGGGAAUGGGGUCUGCCCAUCGACGAGGCUUUCUUCAUGGACGGGGCUCCCAAGGGCCCCAUUCUCGCCCAGAUCCAGCCUCACAUUUUCUUCGAUGAUGGCCUUCAUAACAUCCAAGGGGCUCAAAAUGUGGGUGUACCCUCUGCCUGGGUCCCCUCCUGCUGAUGGGCUGCUGGCCAGCAGUCCCUUCCCAGCAGCACAGGGGACUGGGACAGUUGGGAGGCAAACCUUCUGGUGGAGAAGAAAAGACCUCCUAAMGUGCAGCAAGCAAAUCUCAGGGAAAGGGCACAAGAGCAUGGACUCCAUGCAAAGCUUGARGUGCACUUCUGCUCCUGAUAUGAGGUCCUCUGUGUCUUAGGAUAAAGCCAAAAAAUGCAACUGCUCCAGGAUGGAAGGAYACCUUUGCUGUGACACUGAGGACUACAUCUACCUGCCGUGUAGGACCUGGGGACUUUUCUCAAAGAAAUAAGUGAAGCUAAUGCCACACACAUGAGCUGAAGGAAGCAAGAAAAAAAUGGUAGUUUUGGCUGUGCUUGGACUGUCUUAAAGAUGGAGCAGCUCAGGAAGGACCAGAGGAGGGUGACCAAGAUGGUUUAGAGGGAUGGAGCACCUCUCCUAUGAGGAAGGGCUGAGACAACUGGGAUUGUUCAGCCUGGRAAAGAGAAGGCUUCAGGGUGACCUCGUUGUGGCGUUUUAGGACCUGAAGGGAGCCUCCAGAAAAGAUGGAGAGUGACUAUUUACAAGAGCAUGUAAUGAUAGAACAAGGGGGAGUGGCUUAAAACUGAACAAGGGCAGGUUUMGAUUAGRUAUUAGGAAGAAAUUCUUUASUGUGAGGGUGGUGAGGCACUGGACCAGGUUGCCCAGGGAAAUUGUGRGUGCCCCAACCUUGGAAGUGUUCAAGGCCAGGUUGGUUGGAGSUCUGAGUAACCUGGUUUAGUGAAAGGUGUCCCUGCUCACACCAGGUUGGCUGGAACUGGAUGAUCUUUAAGGUCUCUCCCAACCCAAACCUUUCUAUGAUUCUGUGGUUUAUUCCCAGGGUCUCUGCUAAGGCUUUAAGACCCUGCCUCACCAGACGCAUUCAGCCUGGUGGAGAAGGAAAGAUCUGGGGAGACUGAUGUGCUAGCAAGUGCUUCAGGCAGCUCCAGCCAAACUCAGAAGAGGGAGAAAGAAUCCAAAACUGUAAAGUAGCUACAAAGCCUUUAGAAAUGGAUGAAUGGGUUGAAGAAAGAAAACCCAAGCCAUUCCUCCUCAUAAAAGAGCUUAUAGCACAAGACAGCUUUCCUUAGGCAUGCAGACUGCUCACAGAGGGCUCUCAGGAGACAGACCUGUAGCACACACAGCUCCUGGAGCUGCAAGACAGGGACAAGGCUGCAACCCAGUGCUGAGGUCCAUCCAGGAGACUGGAGAACAGGUCCAGUGAUGCCUGAUGAUUGUGCUUUUCCUUUUUACACUUUCUGUACCCUCUGUGCAUCCCCCUGUACCCCUUAGCCCAUGUUUAUAAUUGCUGUAGCCAUUAUUCCAGCUUAGUUUAGGAGUUCUGCUGGGCAGAGAGAUCAAACAUCCUCAGGAAGGAGUCAGUGUGCCCUGUGCUGUCUUAAACCCGAGGCUCCAGCUUUGGGUGAAGCCUUCUGUCCAGAACAUCUUGUGUAAACUGGGCUCUGGACUCAUCCGGGGUUGGGGGGAUUCAUUAGAAUAGGGGGACAUUACUGCAUUUGUUAAGUAUCUUAUUGGGGAAUCCUAAAUAGAUACGCUAAUUCCUGAGAUCUAUAAAACUUGUAUCCAUGCUCAACACGGGUGUGCAUUCUGCCAUCAAGCUGUGCACCUGGGAUCCCAAAUACCGAGGUAAAACCCUUUUUAUCCCAUUAA